UUUUUUCUUUUCACUGAAGAGUGGAGAAAGCAGAGAGCAGGGGUGAGAGAGACAGAAUGUUGCAGUAUCCGGCCUAUAUGACGCAGUAUCCAUGGUCGACGAAUACCAUUCCCACCUCCUUUCUCUUGCCUUCCCAGUGGCCCCAUCCCCACAGCGACGAGCUUCUUCUCGCCAUGGAAGAGUCCGAUUUCGAUGACAAGUGUAAUGAAAUUACAAAGAUAAAUAGCAACCUAGUUGUGAUUGGGAAACCUGCUGCUGAUAAUGAUAAAGAAGACUUGGACAAUGAUGCAGAUGAUGAUGAUCCUGACAAUGCAGAAGAGUCAGAAGGUGAUGAGUUUGAACAGGAGACCGGUUGAUUUUGGUGUCACUAAUACCCAUUUAUCUGUUUGUUAAAAAAACUAUGAAUCCUGACUUGCACUUCCAAGGCAUCAAGGAUAAUAUCAAUCUGCAUAUAAUUUCAUGUUUAUUUGCAUAUACUUUAUUAAAAUGCAUGAUUGUCAACUGGAGUUCUGUCCUCCUGUUGUGCACUGAAUUUAUGUCAUUUUAUUGGCAUGCUCUGUAGAGAAUACAUUUUAUUCAAAUUCUUCGCAUUCUCUGGUUUGACAAAUGGAAUAAGGAAAGAAUUCAGCCUGAA